CCCUUGCCUCCUUCUAAGGUGACACAUAUACUUCCUUACUUCCUUACUCCUGGGCUUGCUUCCACUACGACUCUUUGAUGGCGGAUGUUCUCGUCGCCAUGGUGACACAUGACAGUUAUGGGCUGUAAAGUGGGAGGACCCCAGGUUCUUCGCGAGGUAGUCCCCGCGCGUCUUACUGCCCACUGUUGACGCACGGAGACGUCGCGCAGGUCCACGUAGUUCUACCUGACAGUCCGGAAGACGCCUGUUGCUGCUUCAACGGUUGAAACCACCCCGUUUCUGCUCUCUGGCUGUUUUUCUGGCACAAAAUGGAGAGAAAAGAAACAUUUCGGAGCCCUUUCCCCGCGCCGAGAUGUCUGGCGGCGGCGGCCGCAGGGAAGUCCAAGUUAACCCACCCGGGGAAAGCGAUUCUUGCAGGUGGUAUUGCAGGCGGUAUUGAGAUUUGUAUCACCUUCCCCACAGAAUAUGUGAAGACCCAAUUACAGCUGGACGAGAAGGCUAACCCUCCUAAAUACAGAGGAAUAGGUGAUUGCGUGAAGCAGACUGUACACAGUCACGGUGUCAAAGGCCUCUACAGAGGACUCAGCUCGUUGCUCUAUGGCUCCAUUCCUAAAUCUGCUGUCAGGUUUGGUGUGUUUGAGUUCCUCAGUAACCAUGCAAAGGACAGUUCAGGCCGACUGGACAGCACUCAGGGUCUGCUGUGUGGACUUGGAGCUGGGGUGUUGGAGGCCGUGUUGGUGGUUUGUCCCAUGGAAACCAUCAAGGUCAAAUUCAUCCAUGACCAGACUUCAGCGAAUCCCAAAUACAAAGGUUUCUACCAUGGAGUAAGAGAGAUAGUUCGCGCUCAAGGUUUGAGAGGGACUUACCAAGGUCUCACUGCCACUGUGCUCAAACAAGGCUCCAACCAGGCCAUUCGCUUCUUCGUGAUGACCUCGCUGAAGAACUGGUACAAAGGCGAUAACCCCAACAAAUCUAUCAAUCCUUUGCUGACUGGAGCGUUUGGAGCCAUUGCUGGAGCAGCCAGUGUGUUUGGAAACACUCCUUUGGACGUCAUCAAGACAAGGAUGCAGGGUCUGGAAGCGCAUAAGUACAAGAGCACACUGGACUGUGCUGUGAAGAUCCUGCGCUAUGAGGGCUUGGCAGCUUUCUAUAAAGGGACUGUUCCUCGUCUGGGUCGUGUGUGCUUGGACGUGGCCAUUGUGUUCAUCAUCUAUGAAGAGGUGGUCAAGGUUCUCAACAGAGUCUGGAAGACAGAAUGAACUGCUGGACAGCUACUACUUUCUUCUCCUGCUUCAGUUUAGUGGACUUGUUAUAUUUUAUUAUCAAAAGGCUAGUUGCUGCUGCCAGCUUAAAGACAGAAUGUUAAACUUUGUAGUUCAAAAAUAGAAGCUUGUUGCUGCCCUCAUCUGGCUGGUUAGUGUACUUGCAUCGUUAAGACACAUUCCAUGGCCAGUUUCACUCAUAUAUAACCUGAUUUAUGCAUUUGAAUCAACUGGAAUCUUCAAAUUGUUACCUUUUUUUAGCAAUACAUACUUAAUAGUUACUUAUUUUGAAUUCUAAUGUGCUCAAACGGUGCUUAAUUGUUGCAGUUCCUUGUUGCAAUGUAUUCAUUUAUUCAAUCACAUAAACUACAGUCGCAUUCAUAAGCAGAGCCUUUAACAGAAUGAGUUGACAUUUAGAAUAUAAUGAUUUUUAUAUAUAGAAACAAUGCAGAUUGUAUUUUUAAUUUCCCUGCAUGGCACUUUUAUUCCAAAUUAAUUUAUUCUUGUGCCAAAUGUGUUAACAAAAUCCUCGGUCUGCCUAAUAACUGAAUGUUGUGUAUCUAAAUGUUGUUGUUUUUUAGGUCAAUGUGUCACCAAAAUUCAAUCUGGAUUUAAAGGGGAACAUUAUCAGCAGACCUAUGUAAGCGUCAAUAUAUACCUUGAUGUUGCAGAAAAAAGACCAUGUAUUUUUUUAACCGAUUUCCGAACUCUAAAUGGGUGAAUUUUUGCGAAUUAAAAGCCUUUCUAUUAUUUACUCUCGGAGCAAUGACAUCACAACGUAAUCAAUCCCCCAUUUUCUCAAACACAUUAUAAACAUCGAGUCAAAUCAGCUCUGUCAUUUUCCGUUUUUUUCGACUGUUUUCCGUACCUUGGAGACAUCAUGCCUCGUCGGUGUGUUGUCGGAGGGUGUAACAACACGAUCAGGGACGGGUUCAAGUUAAUAUACGUAGAGUGUGCAUCGAUUAGCACGGCAUGCUAAUCGAUGCUAACAUGCUAUUUAGGCUAGCUGUAUGUACAUUUGUAGCUAUAUUUGCAUCCAGCCUUUCCCUCAACCUACAUUUAAUGCCAAACAAACACUUACCAAUCGACAGAUUUAAGUUGCCCCAGUGUCACAAGAUGCAAAAGUCCUGAUCGUUUGGUCUGCACAUUUUACCGGCGAUGCUAGGGCAGACAUGGCACAGAGAUGUAUGGAUAUCCUGCAGAUGCAUUUCCAACGAUAAAGUCAACAAAAUCACAAAGGUGAGUUUUGUUGAUGUUAUUGACAUAUGUGCUAAUCACACAUAUUUGGUCACGACAUGACUGCCAGCUAAUCAAUGCUAACAUGCUAUUUAGGCUAGCUGUAUGUACAUUUGUAGCUUUAUUUGCAUCCAGCCUUUCCCUCCAGCCACAUUUAAUGCCAAACAAAUACAUACCAAUUGACAGAUUUAAGUUGCUCCAGUGUCACAAGAUGCGAAAGUCCUGAUCGUUUGGUCUGCACAUUGUACCGGCGAUGGUAAGGCAGACAUGGCCGAAUAGCGUCAAUAGCUAUUCCCUCAAUAGCUUCAGUUUCUUCUUCAGUUUCGUUUUCGCUAUCUGCCUCCAUACUCCAACCAUCCGUUUCAAUACAUGUAAUCUGUUGAAUCGCUUUAACCGCUGAAAUCCGAGUCUGAAUCCAAGCUAAUGUCGCUAUAUCUUGCUGUGCUAUCAGCCAUGUUUGUUCAUAUUGACAUCACUGGAUGACGUCACGGGAAAAUGGACGGUGGCUUCACAGAUAGCGAAAAUCAGGCACUUUGAAGCCUUUUUUCGGGAUAUUCCAUGAUGGGUAAAAUUUUGAAAAAAAACUUCGAAAAUAGAAUAAGCCACUGGGAACUGAUUUUUAUUGGUUUUAACCCUUCUGAAAUUGUGAUAAUGUUCCCCUCUAAAGUUUUUUAUACAUCCAAUUGCUGUUUUUAAAGUGUAACUGUGAGAGCCAACACACAGACCUCAAAGUUGUUGUUGUUUUUAACUCUGUGUGGUUUCUUUGUCUUUUGGUUUAAAUUCAUUUUUCAAAUUAUUGCUUGUAAUUUUUUAAGACAAAUUGUUUCUUGUAAAAAUUUAGUUGGGAAUUAUUUUAAAAAGUUCACAAGAAAAUAUUAUGCCUAGAAAUUCAAAAACAAACAACAAACGUUUAUUUUGCAUGCAACAUUCCAGAAUAUUCUCAUGAAAACAGGUUUUCAGUGCCAAUCUUAUUUCAGAGAGUACCUAUGAUCUUUCACUUGUGCCUUUGUGUUGAUGAUUUUUUUUGUAUUAGUAGUACUUAUUUAACAUUCCUGACAAGCAGUCAUGUUAUAAAAAAAGUCCAACACUGUGAAAGAUGACUGCGAGUAUACGUUGAAUGUGCAUCAUAUGUGUGUCCGUAGGGCCAUAGAACAUGUGUACUGACUGCCACAGUACACAUGUACGUCUUUAUGAAGCCUUUGUGCAAUAAACAUUGUCCUUGGUG